GCAUUGUUGUUUCAUUUUUCUUUAUAGUUUACAACGUUUACGUCCUAUAGGCUAUAGUAUACGCCAUACGGCUUACUCCGUUUACGUUCGUUUUGUGAUUUUGUGGAUCUUUUCAUAAUUGAAAGUUCUACACAUACACACUUUACGUAAACUGAUAUGUCCGAUGUUGAUCUACGCUCUUAUAGCUCCUAUUUGUCGUUAAGUUAUAAUAUCAAAUAAACAAUAUUUGUCAAUAAUAAAAUUAACUGAGUCUUAAUUCUGAAGCAUCAGACGAUUGAAGUGGACAACAUUAAUUGAUUUUACCUUUCAAAAUUUUAAUUUAUACGCAGUGUAAGUUUUGUGUUGUCCAGCAAAUAAAUAUUCUCCAAACAUCCGACGAGAUGGUGGAAACGCUAUCAACUGGUUUUCAAAACCUUUACAACAAGUACACCAGAUCAGAAAACGGACCGCAGGACAACGGCAGGUGUAGUAUAUACAUAGUGCCGGUGAACAAAAAAUCCUCCAAUACCAUUGACGACACACAAGGUUUUCAGCGGUAUCGUCCAAAAGCCCGCAAAUCGCUUGUGUUCAAUGUAAAACAACUAUGCCAAUCCAAGCAGUUGAAAUGGGAAAUCAUGAGACAGAGCAGAUUGCGUCCAUCUACCGGACAGGGUUGUCCGAUCUGCAUACCCAACACGUCGAGGGGUAAUGAAAGAGCCGUGUCGAAUUUAAAGAACUUAUUGGACAUAUAUAACAUCGGCGCCGUUAAAAAGUCAAUGUUUGGCAGUUUUGUCGACGAUUUAAAGUUUUUCUAUCAGCUCAAAAGCCAAGAGUACAAAUACAUAUAUGACGAAGUUCUGGAAGAUGAAGUUGUAGUGAAAGCAAUUAGCACAGUCGCACGUAAUGCGUGUGAGGAUUCGGCGGACGGCAAUAGCCGGUUUGAAGAAGAGACGAAAACACAGCAAGCAAACACGAGGCGCAUACUAACGGUCAUAAGCGCAAAUGCGAAAAACUGGGUCUACAAGGUAAUCGGUUGGUUCACGUACCGGGUGAUCUCGUUGUUGGCGACUAGCCUCGUGGUCCAGCCUUCUCAAAUUGACAGGGUCAGGGAAGUAGAACAGAGUGGCCUACCCGUUAUUUAUUUACCGUUGCACAAGAGUCACAUGGACUAUAUACUUUUGGGAUUAGUGUUGACGAUGAAUAACAUUAAACCACCUCUAGUAGCAGCUGGAGAGAACCUUAGAGUUUUCUUCAUUAGUAAACUGUUGAGUUUCUUGGGAGCGUUUUACAUCAAGAGACAUGUAGAUACAAAAAAAGAUCAAUUGUAUUGGUCAGUUUUGAGCAGUUAUAUUAAAAACAGUAUGAAAAAUGGACACCAUAUAGAAUUCUUUUUAGAAGGUGCCAGAACUAGAAGUGGAAAAUGUUGCGUACCUAAAGCUGGUUUAUUGAGUAUCAUAGUGGAUGCUUACCGUGAAAAAGUUAUUGAAGAUGCGUGGAUUAUCCCUGUUUCUAUGAAUUACGAUCGAAUAUUGGAAGGUAAUUUUGUGAGAGAACAACUUGGCCAACCAAAAAAGAAGGAAACUUUUUUUGUUGCAAUAUCAACAUUCAUUAAAGCUAUUUGCUCACACUAUGGAAUAAUGAGAGUGGAUUUUAAUAAGCCCUAUAGAUUACGAGAUUUAUAUGAAUCAAUUGAUAAAUUGACACAAUUAGAAAAUGAAUCAUUAAAUAGGAAUGGUAUGGAAGUGAUGUCUGCAACUAUUUCUUAUAAAAAUACAGUAGACAAAAUGGCAAAACAUAUAGUUUAUGAUUGUUGGAAAUCAACUCCUAUAAUGUCAACACAUGCAGUGUGCUUUUUACUUUUGAAUAAGUAUAGAAAUGGUACUACUUUAGAACAAUUGGCUAAGGAUAUAUUGAAUUUGCGUAGUAAAUUGACUCAAGGCGAUAGAGAUAUUGGUUUCAGUGGAAGUUCCAUAGAAGUUAUCAAACAUGCAAUUAAUCUUUUAGGACCAAAAUUAGUUGUAUAUGAAAAUACUGACGAGGGCUAUUUUAUUAAACCAAUUCUUGAUGUAUCAGCCUUAAUAGAACUGUCAUAUUACGCAAAUAAUCUUAUUUCCCAUUUUAUGCAUCAAUCAAUAGUGGCUCUUUCAAUAUGUAAAUUAAUCGGUAUGGAUUUUUUGAACAAAACUAUAACAGAAACAAAUAUCUCAAGGAAUGAAUUGGUUGAAGAUGUAUUAUUUCUUAUAAAUUUAUUACAAUUUGAUUUUGUUUUUAUUAAACCUUGUGAUAGUCUUGAUAAUAUUGUGGAAUCAGUUAUUAGAAAUUUUGAGGAAGAGGAAAUUAUUUUGAUCGAUAUGAUGCUCGAAGAAGAGAGACGUAGCCAAAAUUUAGCAAAAUUGUUAAAUUGUGAUUCCGAUGAUGAUGAUGAUUAUCUACAGCCACAUGUUGAAAUUGAUGUUAAAUAUCGCGUUAACAUUAAUGAAAAUAGUUUGAAUAGAUUAAAUUUUUAUCGAUCAGUUAUGAUGCCAUACUUAGAAUGCAUGGCGGAAAGUGCUGGAAGUUUUCUUGCUUUGUCAGAAAAUUCAGUGACAGAACGUGAACAUGUACAAACAAUUUUAAACCAAAUGCAUGAGAAUUUAGAAGAGGGUAUUUUGUCAUGUGGUGAAAGUAUAUCUGUGGAUACUAUAAAACAUUCGUUUUUGGCGUUUGAAAGAUUUAAUUGUUUACAAAUCACAACAGAAGAUAAUAUUAAGACAUUACAUGUUAUUAAUGACCAAUCCAGUGAGGUAAAUUCUGGAAUGCAGAAUAUGUCAGAAUAUAUUGAAGAAUUUGUUAAGCAAAUAAUUUAAAGUUAUAUUAAGUAAUGUGUGUUUAAUUAUGUUAUCUUAUUUAAAAUUAAAUUGUACAGUUAUUAAAUUAUAAUUGGAUCAACUGGUUUCAUUUUAAAAUGUUAUGUAAUAUUAAUAUUUUUAAGUAUUUAUUAAAAGACAUAGACUACAAAAUAUUUAUAAACUAAAAAAAAUGUAUUAAUUUAUAAAUAAUUUUCAGACAUGCUCAAACUAUGAUAUUCAAAAUAAAAUUUUGUUUUUUUUUUUUAUCUUUAAAUAUAAAAUUUAAAAUAAUAUAUAUAUAUUAUAUAAAUGUAAAUAUUUGUUAUAUUUAACUUUCUAAAAUUGGGAUACUUUAUUUUUAAGUUCUGCAACUGUAUUAAAUAUUGUAUAAAAAGCUAAACAUUUAAAAUAAAUCAAUGUCCAAAGACAGGAACCUUGAAACCUAAAAAUUGUAUUAUAUUAAUAAAAGACCGAGACUUUUUUCAAAAUUAUUUUA